GCUACCAACAUAAUAUCCCGCCGCGACGCAAAAUUCUGUAGAAAUCACCGCAUUUGAAGAGGAAAUUAUAAAAAUUUAGUGUAAAUGCAGGCAAUGGCAGACUUUAAAUCUAAAAGACAUGAAAAGUCUUUGGGUUUACUCACAACGAAAUUCGUGUCUUUGCUUCAAAAAGCCAAAGAUGGUGUUUUGGAUUUGAAAAUCGCGACAAACUUGUUAGCUGUUAGACAGAAGAGAAGAAUAUAUGACAUAACUAAUGUGUUGGAAGGGAUCGGGCUUAUUGAGAAAAGAAGUAAGAACAGUAUACAAUGGAAGGGUGCAGGACCGGAAUGCAAAACAAGUGAUAUUGGUAAUAAAGUUGUACAUUUGCGAAAACAGAUUGCGCGCCUAGACGAUCAGGAGAGAUUACUUGAUAAACAGUUACAUUGGAUUGAACAAAGUAUAAAAAAUGUGUUGGAUGACACAGAUAAUAGCAAGCGAUGUUAUGUUACGAAUAAAGAUAUACGUGACUGUAUUAUAGAUGAACAAAUUCUCGUGUUAGAAGCACCACUAGGUGCCCAAUUAUCAGUUGGCGCUUCACCCACUAAGCAAAAGUAUGUUACUGAAAUCCGGCAAUCUGGAAUAACGAGAACCAAAUUUUUAGUGAGUACCUUUUUAAUUCAACCCACACAACACAACUAUGACAAAUCAAAACAUUUUAUUUAUGCACCUACUGAUCGAUGUAAUUGGGUUAAACUAAAUACUUCAACAUUAAACUGUCAAACACCAAGCGGU